UGCAAUAUAUAUUGGGUUGUCCAAAUUUUCGAUCUGUCAGAUUUCUUGGCUAGUGCGUUGGGUUGGACAGGAUCCAGUAGAAAGAUGUCUCAAUAUUCUGGAAAAAUAAUUUUUUACGAGGGAAAAUGCUUCACAGGACGCAAGUUGGAGGUGUUCGGAGACUGCGAUAAUUUCCAGGAUAGGGGGUUCAUGAAUCGUGUGAACUCCAUUAAGGUAGAAAGUGGAGCCUGGAUCUGUUAUGACCACCCUGACUUUAAAGGACAGCAGUAUAUCCUGGAAAGGGGGGAGUAUCCGGACUUUCAUCGCUGGAAUGGACACAAUGACCACAUGGGGUCCAGUCGACCUGUUAGAAUGCACGGUGAACAUUACAGACUGGAACUUUUCGAAGGGUGCAAUUUCACCGGCCAGUGCAUGGAAUUCUGCGAGGACUGCCCCUUCUUGCAAGGAAGAGGGUGGAACAAGAACUGUGUAAAUGCAUUGAAAGUCUAUGGUGAUGGCGCCUGGGUGCUUUAUGAAGAGCCCAACUACCGUGGACGUAUGUACAUUGUGGAGAGGGGAGAUUACCGCAGCUUUAACGAAUGGCAGGCCCAGAGCGCAAAUAUUCAGUCCAUCAGACGGGUGGUUAAUUACUUCUAACCAAAGAACUAUUUUAUUACACUCAAAAGCACAGUAACACGUCUUACCUCUGAAUGCAAGAAAUUCCAAAUAAAUUCUUAAACUGUGUCCGUUGGCUCC